AUGUACAGUCCUUCGGCGAAUGUUUGUUCAGGUUGCUUGUCAUUAAGUUUAAAGAUUGUACAAACAGCUUCUGAAAAUAAAGAAAAUCAACUUUACGAAGAAAUCGAUACUCUUGCCCUUACCCAACAUAUAUCUGUUGUCGUUAUGGGUAUCAGCCAGUAAAGAGAAGAUAAUCUUCGUUUCGAUUAUUAUGAUGUAUCAGCAACAACAUUUAAUGAUUUCAAUGAUGAUCAAGAUAGAACAACUCAUACACAAAAACAAUAUCGUAAUCAAUUAAUUCGAUUACUUAUGAACGAUAAAGUUUUGACUAGAAUUAUUACACCAUUUAUUCUUCAAUUAUAUAUGAAUGAUUCUGUUCAAGUUCUUUGUACAAUAAUUGAAAAAAAUUUUCAUGAUAAUCAAAUACAAUGUCAGAAAACAAUCAAUUUUGUUUCACAUUGGUUAACAUUAAUUGAGGAUGAUGAAAUAGAUUCAUUUAAUUCUUCAUCAAAUCAUGAUAUAUGGCGAUUAGCUCAUAUUUAUACAUUAUUUGAAUAUGAACAAAAUGAUAUUCUUUCAUUUUAUUCUGCUUGUCGAAUAAUAGAAAAUCUUGAUGAAAAUCAAUCAUUCUAUAAUGAUCUAUUAGCUGAUGAAGAACUAACACGUUCAAAAGUUCGAGAACAUUUAUUUCGAUUAAUGUUUCAUCAUUUAUGGACUAAACUUUGUAAUUUAUGUCAAACAAAUGAAAAUAUUAAAGAAUGGAUACAUAGUUAUACAUUAAUUUCAAAAUAUUAUCCAUCAGAACGAGUUUUACAACGAAUGGAAUAUGUUCAUAUGAAAGUUAAAAUUGAAUUUAUGAAUUUAGUUUAUUUAAUAUUACUCAAUGAUAAAACACCACAACCUAUUAAACUUGUUCAACAAUUAUUAAAUAAAACAUCACUUAUAAAAGAUGAUAUUGAUUUUUGUUAUAUUAAUCUAGAUGGAUCAAGUUGUCUACAAUUUUUUUCAAUUAUUAUUCAAAUAAUAGAUCAAGAUUUUAAAGAGAAUAAUAUUAAUAAUAGUACAUUAAUAAUUGAUAUUCAACAAUGGAUUAUUUCAACAUUAAAAGGAUCAAAUCGAUCAUCACAUCAAGAAAUUAUUUCUCUAUUGAAAUUUUUAAAUCAAUCAACAUGUCAUUUAUCAUUACCAAUGAAACAAUUUAUUUUUGAUGAAUUAAUGAAUAUUUUAAUUGAAAAUAGUCAACGAAAUCGUUUAAAUAUACAUCGACCAUUUACUAAUUUUUGGGAUCGUCUUUGUCUAUUGUCAAUAAUAAUAGAAUGUAUAACAAAUGAAGAUUUAGAAAAUUAUCAAAUACCCUAUCAUCCAUCUAUUAUUACUAAUAAAAAUCAAAAUUAUAUAUUAAUUGAUUUAUACUUUUUUCAUCUUCGACGAUUAGCAAAUAAUGAAACAAUACGACUAGAUUUAAUCAAUAAAAUUCUUCU